AUGUCAAUCAAGAAUGUUGUUCUAGUCGGUGCCGAUGGUAACCUUGGGCCAGGAGUCCUCAAUGGUCUGGUCGAGGCAGGAGCUUUCAAGGUUACGGUCUUCAAGCGAAAGUCCUCAAAGUCGAAGUCCAACUAUCCAGAGGGUGUUCAAGUCAAGCUGUUAUCGGAUGAUUUUCCAAUCGACGAACUGGUACCGGCUCUCAAGGAUCAAGAUGCCAUAGUCAGUACCGUGUACGGUGCACAAGUUGACUUGCAGAAGCGUCUCGCAGAUGCAGCAAUCAAGGCUGGUAUUAAGCGAUUCAUUCCUUCUGACUUCGGAAGUUGCGACUCGCAGAGCAAGAGAGCUAUGGAGCUCGCACCCAUCUAUGUCGCCAAGUCUCAAGUGCGUGAACAUCUCGAGAAGCUGGCUCAAGAGAAUCCUGGUUUCAGCUGGACUAGUCUUGUGUGUGGCCAUUUCUUCGACUGGGAUCUCGGUUUCUUCCACAUCAAUCUUCAGGCCAAAAGUUUUGAGAUCCUUGACGAUGGUGAGGUCUACUGGAGCACCAGCACAUUCGCCCAAAUCGGCAAGGCUACUGCUGCCAUCCUACAAAAACCAGAGGAGACCAAGAAUCGUUUCGUCUACAUUCAGAGCUUCCGCAUAAACCAGACCCAGCUUCUGAAAGCGUUCGAGAAGGAGACGGGUCAGUCCUGGAAUGUCAAAAGAUACGACUCGUCAGAGUACGUCAAAGAACGCAAGGCAAAGGCAGAUGGUGGGGAUAAAUCGGCUGUAGAAGAUCUGGUCUGGGUUCUGGGCACACUGGAAGCGGACUGGGAGGCUCGUGAUGGAUACGCCAACGAUCUUCUUGGACUGCAGCAGGAGAAGCUUGAUGAAGUGGUCUCGAGGAUUGUCAAAAGCAACUGA